AUGAGGAACCAUGCCAUGUACUGCGCGGCAGUACUCGUACUGGCGAUCCUACUGGGAGGAGGAUCGGUCGCGAAUGCUGUCACCGAGAAGGAUGUGCUGAGGGCCUUCCUCAAAUCGAGGGCCCAGACGCGCGUGAAUGGGCCUUCGGAGCCGGACACCUGGGCCGACCCGAUCAGCAGCUUCCGCCACCUGCCCACCAAGUGUGAUACCCCGCCGGCGGGCACCAGGGAGGCCGACAGGAUCGCGGCGCUGCCUGGCCAGCCCCCGCGCGUCAACUUCGACCAGUACUCCGGGUAUGUCACGGUCAGCGAGGAGUACGGCCGCGCGCUCUUCUACUACUUCGUCGAGGCGCCCUACGAGGCCUCCUCCAAGCCGCUCGUGCUCUGGCUCAACGGCGGGCCCGGGUGCUCUUCCCUCGGCCUCGGCGCCAUGGCGGAGCUCGGACCGUUCCGUGUGAACCCCGACGGGAAGACGCUGAGCAGAAACAGGCAUGCCUGGAACAAUGUGGCAAAUGUGAUCUUCCUAGAGUCGCCGGCGGGCGUUGGGUUCUCGUACUCGAACACGACGGUGACGAGCGGCGACACGAGGACCGCAGUGGACGCCUACAUGUUCCUGCUCAACUGGCUGGAGAGGUUCCCCGAGUACAAGGGCCGCGACUUCUACAUCGCCGGCGAGAGCUACAGCGGGCACUACGUCCCCCAGCUCGCCACCGUCAUCGUCGCCCUAAGCGAACUCGGUCUCACAGACAUGAACCUCAAGGGCAUCUUCGUCGGCAAUCCGCUCCUCGAUUGGUCCAACAACAGACAGGGAUCGUUAGAGUUCCUGUGGAACCACGGGGUGAUCUCCGACGAGGUGUGGGGCAACAUCAGCCAGCACUGCAGCUUCGGACGGUUUGGGGAUAAAGGGUGCGUUGAAGCGCAACACUCGUUCAAUGAGGGCGCCAUCGAUUCGUACAACAUUUACGCCCCGGUCUGCAUCCAGUCGCCAGACGGGAGUCUCCACUCGAGUGGCUACUUACCAGGCUAUGAUCCGUGCAUCGGGUCCUAUAUCGACGCCUACCUGAACAAUCCUGAGGUUCAGAAGGCUAUGCAUGCUAGACCCAACACCGAGUGGUCAGAGUGUGCUGGUGACAUGGAUGAUGCAUGCCCGAUUACUGCGACGAGGUACUCUGUCAAGGAUCUCAAUCUGACAGUCACAAAACCAUGGCGUCCAUGGUACACCCCUGACAACGAGGUCGGAGGCUACGCUCAGCAGUACGAGGGAGGGUUCACGUUUGCGUCGGUGCGAGGAGCUGGCCAUAUGGUCCCUAGCUUCCAGCCCAAGAGAUCACUUGUUCUUUUCUACUCCUUCAUGAAAGGAGUUCUGCCACCUGGUGCUCUGCCACCUGGAUUCUCAGUAUGGAGCUGGGUCUAA